AUGGAUUACAGAGUGGAGAAGCAUUUCGGCGACUCGUUGACACUAAUCAUCUUCGAUUCCAGCACCCUCACUGGAGACCGGCGCCGCAAGCUCUUAACCGCUAGCAAGCUGGCCUCGAUAAGCUCGACCUCACCGUGCCGUCCACCGGUACCACGGUUAUCCUGCCGUCCUACCACCCGCGAGAUCGAUCUUGAUGGUAAUGUUGUAUGUCAGACAUGUGGCCAGGCCCGUGCCUCCCGCCCAGCCGCUGAUCCCAAGACGUUGGACCCGGACCCCGGCAACAGACCUAGAAACCAAAACAAGACGCGUGUGUGUGACAGAGAAUGA